CUUUGACUGCGAGGGACUCCGGGACACACCGUCCUUCGACAAGUCAAGAGUGCCAGAAGACACAUACAGACAGAAGACUCCACCAAAUGCAAACGCCAGAAAAUCAUACCUCUGCCAGCCAUCACCUUUUCAUGUUACCGCUCCUUCUCCUCACAGCAUUAUUCCUGAUUUCAAAACCCGCAGACAGUUCCCGGCCGCCAGAAGGUCGAGCUGCAUUGCAUAAUUCAAGGGGAAAUCAAGUCCGAGCCUUCUCAAAAGCAUGGUGUCCACAAGCUCUCUGCUGACCUUGCUGGUGCUUGUGAGCUGUGCAAUUGUGGCUGUGACUGCCCAGAACUACACCGAAGUGAAGCUGCAAGUCAUUGAGACGGCCACUCCAACUACCAUGCCGGAUGAGGGCACCUACGGCUUUGGAGACUCAAAUUACUUCAGGAAUCAGCUGACAGACUUCCGGAAUGGAACCAUCUUGGGCCACAGUCAAGGCACCUGUCUCGUUACGGCAUCAGACAACAUUCGCAAGUACUGCGAGAGCGAGUGCACCCAAUUCUUCGUCUUUGCUGCAGGCAGCAUCAGCAUGGAGGGCCAAUUCUUGAACACGCCAUCUUCCCUUGCGGUGACUGGAGGGACCGGGAUCUACUCUAGAGCCACCGGCGUCUGCGUGCAGAGCACUCUGAGCAGCGAUGGAAAUGGCACUUUCCAAUACGGCUACAAUUGCGAAUUCUCCGUUCUGAACCCUCCUAUCCGUGACCCGAUUCCUCUUGCCCUGACUAUUGGGGCCCCCCCUGUAAACGGAGCGUGCUCCGCUCGCGCAUACCCUAACCAGUGCUACGCAUCAGACCGCAGGUCCUCCAUCUGCUGCCCGGCCGAGUGCCCUCUCGCCCCUACCAUCACUGCGGUCUGCGCUUAAGCCUUCUGUCGUGGAGUUUAAGGAGUCGGCUGAGACAUUUUUGUUGUUUAGAGAGAGGUGCUGUCUCGUAAUCUGCUUUGAGUCAAGAAGAGGGACGAUGCAGUGCGGAUUAGGAAGUUAAAAAGUGAUUCACUCGUUGAAUAGUCUCAAGAUUGGCGCUCGAUUCCAAUUUCAAAUAUCAGACCUUGUCCCCCCUCGGGAUCCACCGUCAUGGGAAACGAUUAAAAUCCCAUUUCAACAAUGGAAGCCACGGGACUGAAACUCAAAUGUGCAUCUUGCAUUACCGGAAG